AUAUGAUCUGGACAAGGAUCUGUAUAAAUACCUGAAUCUCUCGAUCACUUCAGACGGUCAGUCAGGAGCUAGUGAAAGCAUGGCAGCAUCCCCACUCUGUGUCUCUGUGCUGUUGCUGCUGCAGAUUCAGCUGCUUAUCGUGCGAGAAGCUCAAUCCCUGGAGCCUCCAGCCCUCAGCUGCCCUGCCCUCGCUGGCAUACCUGGCACCCCUGGGCACAACGGCCUCCCUGGCAAAGACGGAAGAGAUGGGAAAGAUGGCAGAGAGGGAGCUCCUGGACCCAAGGGGGACAAAGGAGAUCUUGGAGUGGGAGUGCAGGGCCCUCCAGGAGAAAGGGGUCCAGCUGGUCCAGUGGGUCCACCUGGCCCAAAGGGGGACAGAGGGGAUCCAGGAGCAUUGGGUAAUGCAGGGGAAUGGUGGACACUUGUAGAGAAUAACUGCAGAGAUCAACUUACAAUAUGUCUGUCAAAAUGGUACAAAGGAGCAGUGAGAAAGAAUCACAGAACUUUGGGAAAUCCCAUUCAAGUCAAUGGAUUGUUCUACUUGCAUUGUUUAGAGUCGUAUAAUAAAACAUUGUAUACAAUGUCAUGUAGUGCAAUGUUUGCUGAUGGCACAUUUACCUCAUCUGAUAAAGCCUCAGGUUACCGCACCUUCCGAAAGGUUGGGCUGAAGUACUAUGUGACUGAUGGGCUUCUGGCCACUUUUGAUGAGGGCCUGAAGUUCUGCUCAGAUGCUGGAGCCACACUUGUGCUGCCAAGAACAGAAGAGGAAAACCAAGCGCUAGCCAAUGUGCAUGCAGUUUAUCCUUCCACUCACCCAUACAUUGGAGCAACAGACAGGAAGCAGGAGGGACGAUUUUCAGACUUAAAUGACAAACUGUUAACUUUCACUAAGUGGGGCAGUGGUGAGCCAGGUAACGCUAAUGGCAAUGAAGAUUGUGUUGUUACCUCUGUAUCUGGCACAUGGCAUGAUGUCAACUGUGACUCUGAUCGUCUAAUCAUAUGUGAAAUGACCAACUGAAGAAAAAUACUGCAAUAUAAAAUGUUUCCUCCUCAUCAAAAUGGAAGUAUUUCCAAUCAUGGCAAAAGCAAAAUAAUGUAAGCACUACUGCUUGUUCAUAAACUAAAUGGAGCAGGACCUAAAUACCUCUCAGACAUGCUUCAGCAGUACACACCCUCCAGACCUCUCAG